AAAGGCGAGGAGGAAAAUAGAAAUAUGGCAUGUAACAGUAAGGAAAAAAAUAGGGAUUGCAUCCCCUCCACAAGUAUGAUAAAAUUAUUAGAUGCAGUGUCACAGUCAUCUUUUUUCUUUAGUGUACCUCUCAUUUAUUAUCUUUGUCCUUUGCAUUCAUUCCUUCUUCAUCUCACUAUAUGCUCUUAAUUUGCUCCUCUCUCAACCUUGCUUCCCAUUAUCACAUUGAAAUUCCCCAAAAUAUUGAUCCAAAUUAGGGUUUCACCAUUCAUACACAAUCCUCUCUCUCUUCAACCCAUCUGACCUCAGCCUUUUGUUCUUUUUAGCUAGCUGUUGAAGAAGGAAAAGAUUGAUUCUUGGUACAUCAAGGGAUAAAAGAAUUUUCCUUCUUCUGCAUAAAAGAGAAAAAAAGAGAAAAAGAAAACAGUAAGACAUCAUCACAGUGAAAUUGCGAUGGCUUCAUCGAGCUCGUACAACCCGCCGUGCGCCGCGUGCAAGUUCCUGCGGCGGAAGUGCAUGCCGGGGUGCAUCUUCUCGGCCUACUUCCCGCCGGAGGAGCCGCAGAAGUUCGCCAACGUGCACAAGAUCUUCGGGGCCAGCAACGUGGCGAAGCUGCUUAACGAGCUGCUGCCGCACCAGCGCGACGACGCCGUCAACUCCCUCGCCUACGAGGCCGAGGCGCGCGUUCGCGACCCCGUCUACGGCUGCAUCGGCGCCAUCUCCUUCCUCCAGAGGCAGGUCGACCGCCUCCAGAAGGAGCUCGACGCCGCCAACGCCGACCUCAUCAGGUUCGCCUGCACCCCGCCGCCGCCGCCACCCGACCCCAAUAGAAGAAUUGGGGGCUACAACGGCGGCGGCGGUGGAGGUGCCAGAUUUUAUCAAACAGGUAGUUUGCCAAUUUCAUAUGCUGUGCCAUGGAAUGAUAUUUAUAAUUCUCAUGGAGGAGGGAUGGAUGGAAAUAAUUGAGGUCUGAUCAUCAUCAUCAUCAUUAUGAUCGCCUGUGUCUAGGGUUUGUGUAGAUUUGAAUAAUUGUGGUGUGGAAAUUUAUAUAUUUGAGGAGUGGUAAUCGUGGGGUUUUUCGAGCUAUGUGGUGUUGUCACAUGCAUGGCUAAAAUCAAGGUUAUAUUUAAGUGUGUCACUACUAUGUGUACUAUCAUAUACACAUACUUUGAUUGUAUUUUUUGUUGUGUGUGGAUUUGAGAUCAUGCAUAUUAUUGAGAAUAAAUUUUUUCAGGUUGAUUAUUUGUAACCUGUGCA